AAGGAAAAGGGCGGAGGAAAGGGAGCUGCCGAGGGGAUUGAGAAAUUGACAAACCACUGGAGCUUUUAGCAGCGGGGCGAAUUAUUGAAUGUGACUUAAAUAUUGUCCCACUUUACAAACACUGGAGAGCCACUGUGUCCGCGGUAAACAGCGUAUGGCCAUAAGCCCUCUUUCAUUUCAGUUUUCUCCUCCCUUCAGGUGACUGCCUUUUGCUCAAAUUGUAGCUCCGUUCUGGGGGGGCGGGCGGGAAAGGCAGCCGAGCUCACGUCCUUCAAAAGAGUUUGUGUGACGGGGCGGGCGACAGGAAGCUGCAGGGGCCAUGCAUCAGGGGUGAGGGGGAUUCGCUACGGGGGACACACACAGCGUCGGGCGAGGGGGUCGGGAUCGGUUGGUGUGGAGAUGAAACUCAAACAGCGCAUGGUGGUGCUGUGUGCCGUGCUCCUCUUGUUGGGCCUGGCAAAGAUCUUCCUGCUAGAUGGAGGUGAAGGAUCUGCUGCCAGCAGACGGGACCUCAGAGCGUUUCGCAAGAUGGAAGCCGGACUUUCUCUGUCACGGGGAGCUCGCCUCACCCACACCCUCCAGUCACCAUGGGAGAUAGCAAGCCAGUGGGUGGGUCCAAGAGAGGUGUACCCUGAGGAGACCCCGGAGCUGGCCGCUGUGCUCACUUCGCUCAGCUCUGCGAGGAUUGAGCGAGCAGAUGUGGGCUACAAGGGUACGCAGCUCAAAGCCCUGCUGGUGCUAGACGGAGGACAAAAAGUUGUCUUCAAACCCAAGAGAUAUAACAGAGACUACGUGGUUGAGGGGGAGCCAUAUGCAGGCUAUGACAGACACAACGCAGAGGUGGCUGCUUUUCACCUGGAUAGGAUCCUGGGGUUCAGGAGAGCACCUCUGGUGGUGGGGAGAUACGUCAACCUGCGCACAGAGAUCAAACCUGUGGCUACAGACCAGCUGCUGAGCACCUUCCUCAUGCAGGGUAAUAAUACGUGCUUCUAUGGGAAGUGUUACUACUGUCGGGAGAGUGAGCCAGCGUGUGCAGAGGGAGAGAUGAUGGAGGGAUCGUUAACUCUGUGGCUGCCAGAUGUGUGGCCGUUGCAGAAGCACAGGCACCCCUGGGGACGCACAUACAGAGAGGGGAAACUAGCCAGGUGGGAGUAUGAUGAGAGUUACUGUGAGGCAGUGAAGAAAAUGCCACCGUAUGAUGCGGGUCCCAGGCUGCUCGACGUCAUCGAUACAGCCAUAUUUGAUUAUCUCAUUGGAAACGCUGAUCGCCAUCACUAUGAGAGUUUCCAGGACGAUGGUGGUGCAAGUAUGCUAAUCCUGCUAGACAAUGCAAAGAGCUUUGGAAACGCAGCUCUGGAUGAACGAAGUAUCCUUGCGCCUCUUUAUCAGUGCUGCAUGGUUCGUGUGUCCACGUGGAACAGGAUAAACCUGCUGAGAGGUGGAGCUCUGAGUUCAGCUAUGCGGCAGGCUCUGGCAUUUGACCCUAUUCACCCUGUCCUGGCCGAGCCGCACCUCGCAGCCCUGGACAGGCGUCUGUCUGGUGUCAUAGCAACUGUCAAACAGUGCAUGGAGGCACAGGGUCCAGACAACACUCUAAUAGAGGACCGAAUGAACCUCCCACAUCCCUAGAAAGAGAUAAGGGAGAAACAAAAAAAGCCAGGAUUUUACUUCCUGACACUGGAGAGCAGGAGAGGGACAUGGAAGAAUCAGCUGUUGUCUUUAAGACAAAACACAAAGUGAGUAAAUGGAUCAACAGGGUGGAACAAAGACUAUUUCUUCCUACCUGGUCUUUUCCUUGUCACUCGGGGGUCUGUGAUGGUGGUUCUCAAGAAGGAAUCACUGGAUUCAAAGUGUCACCUUCAACUCUAUAAACAUUCAGGACUGUUGUGCACUAUAGGACAGUAUCUGCUGGCUGUGUAAGAACUCCACCAACUACUGCUGGCUGUGUCAACACACCUGCCUUGUGCCAAGUCCUCCAUCCCUGUCCUAACUUUUCCUUAGAAGGCAACUAAGGAGGAAGGAUGGUGCUCAGAGAUAUUCAGAUUCUGAAAAGAGCAGUAGGAUGAAGAUGAGCCACCUUUGUCUCGGUGGAAGAGCUGUACAGCUUUAUUUCAGGCUGUUUGGAGAUUACAGUUCAUGAAACUGAAAAGCUGUGUGAAAUGUCAGUUCAUCUGGGAUGAACCUGUUUCCUGUUGAAUACACUAACGGUCACUAAGAACUGAAAACUUUUUUUCUUCUUAAAUUAAAAUGUGUCUUUAAUUGAGAGAAAAGAGAAAUAAGCCAACCAUUCCCACCAGUGUGUACAUAUUUAACUAAGUAGUAACAUAGAAUUAUGAGAUGAGAUAUGAGAAUAUAAAUUUGUGGAUUAUAAUAUUAAAUAAAGUGUGUUUGUGUGUGUGUGCGCGUGUGUGCGUGCGUGCGUGCGUGUAAGGAAGAGUGCCAUACUGUGCCGUAAAGAAGAAAGCUACUGACAUCAGAGACUUGAACAGUGGGGGAUAGAGGUCGGGUGUGUGGGUUCAUCUUCAGUAUUAAACUAUGAUCUAUUUAAACAAGGUUCUCUCUCAGUCAUCUUUCCUCCAACGUGUUCACCACUUAAAAGUAGAAUCGGUCUAGAAAUAUGUGUUGGUACCAUUGAUGCAACUUUAUUUGGUUUGAUGCACUGCAAUUACUGUGGUGGCAGGGGCUUUCAUUUUAUUCUUUCUAUUAGUUGCUCUGAUAUAUUUUGAUAUAGAUUAAAUCUGUAAAGCUUUACAGGUCAUAUCAGUAACAUGCUGAUUACAGUUAACGCACUAGCUUAUAGUAACUGGUUUUUAAC